GAGAGGGUGGAGAAGCAGACACAGGUGGCGCUUGGGAGGGUGAGCGGCUGGCUGGAGUGUUUUGGCCCUGGUCAGUCUUGCCCCACACACUCUGGUAAUAAGUGUUUCCGUAUUCCCGGCAGCUUCUCCCUGUACCAAGCACCGCCACGCAGCACCAGAGAGCCAUGAGUACGUAAGGUACAUAUGUCUGGCGUUCAAGGACAGGGCAGCAGCAGAGGAGGCAGUGAGGCAGAGGAACAAUUACAAGCUAGACAAGCAGCACACGUUUCUCUGUAAUCUCUUCACGGACUUUGAGAAAUACGACAACAUACAUGAGGAGUUUGUCGCACCUGUCCCCGAGCCUUAUAAGAUUGGUGAUGAGUAUUUUACAUUCAUCACCAAGUGCCAGGACCCCAAGGCGUGCACGGUGCUGCUCAGGGGACCCAGCAAGGAUAUCCUGAAUGAGCUUCUCCCUGUACCAAGCACCGCCACGCAGCACCAGAGAGCCAUGAGUACGUAAGGUGAGCCCAGCGGUGCCACGGAGCACCAGAGAGCCAUGAGUAGUAAGGUACAUGUGUCUGGUGUUCAAGGACAGGGCAGCAGCAGAGGAGGCAGUGAGGCAGAGGAACAAUUACAAGCUAGACAAGCAGCACACGUUUCUCUGUAAUCUCUUCACGGACUUUGAGAAAUACGACAACAUACAUGAGGAGUUUGUCGCACCUGUCCCCGAGCCUUAUAAGAUUGGUGAUGAGUAUUUUACAUUCAUCACCAAGUGCCAGGACCCCAAGGCGUGCACGGUGCUGCUCAGGGGACCCAGCAAGGAUAUCCUGAAUGAGGUGGAGAGGAACCUUCAGGACGCCCUUGGAGUGGCCCGGAACUUGGCCCAGGAGCACCGUCUGGUCCCUGGGGGCGGCGCAGUGGACAUGGCAGUCUCUAACUUCCUGCAGCAGAAGGCCAAGGGGGUGUCAGGGGUGAGGCAGUGGCCCUAUUCUGCUCUUGCCCAGGCCCUUAAGGAUGGAGAGCUUAGGAUACCACACGGAGUGGGGUGAAGGAGCCUUGGGGAUGCCUGAAGGAGGGGCGGUGAAGGAGGGAGGCCUAGAGAUGAAGGAAAUGCAGAAAAUUCCUGCAAUACUGAACGCUUCUCUGGUCAGACUAUCCUUCACUGAAUAUUUGGACCGAGGCUUCGAGAUACGACCUGAGCAUCUGUUUUUUUUAGUGUUUUGAGGCAGCUUUAAUUUUUUUUUAGGUGUUUUUAGGCUGUUUUAAUGUUAUUUUGAGUAUUUUAGGUUUGUGGAAGGAAGGAGAAAGCUUAAAUACAGUAAUAAGGCCGAAAAAAAGGCUUAAAUUGAGAGUUUUAUCAGCCUGGCGGAUAUUAAGCUGUUUUAAGUAUUUUAAGUUACCAGAAGAGUGGAAGCUUAAAUUUAAUACUAUGAUAAGGAAAAAGCUUUUUUCUUGCAUUAGGAAGAGAAAAGCUUAAUAUUAUUGAUGUUUUUUUAUCAAUUUCUUUUGAUUUUAUAUUCAGUUUAUUUAUUUGUCAUUAUUUUUAAGAUCAUUUUUUUAUUUAAGAUCAUUUUUUUCAUUUUUCUUUUUUUUUCACUUCUUUGACUUAAUAUCCAGUUUAUUUAUUUAUUAUUACUUCUUAGUGUGUCUAAGUACUUGCAAGGAUCAUUUAUUUAAUUAUUAUUAUUUUUAUUUUAUUUUCUGUAUUUAUUUUAUUUUUUUUAUAAUGUAUUUUUUUUUUUUUUAUAAUGUAAACUUAUUACAUCAAUAUUCCCGUUUUCUGUUACUUGUUCAUGCCAGGGGUGACAAUAAACAUGAAGAUUA